AUGAACUCCUCAACUGCUACCUACACCAAAAGCCAAUGCAGUGAAUGCCUUGGCAGCCUGCAAGCCAUGCUAUCAAGGGAAGAGAAAAGUUAUGGCUGCUGCAGCGUUUCUGAUACUGAUUACGCUGAUGUCCGCCGAUCACUGGUGGAUGUCUAUGAUGAGGUCUUUGACCUUUGCCAACUGCAAAACCGAGACACUGUCUCUGUAGCCAUCUCUUACCUAGACCGGUUCAUGUCGGUACAAAAGCGAUUUGUCAAUGUGCAAGUUGCAGCCAUGACAUGUUUCUACCUGGCAGUCAAACUCUAUGAACCCACAGUGAUCCCUCCCUCCAUGCUGGUCGAAGUGUUUUCUCGAACACUCGACUGUGACGAAGAGCAAGAAGACGACGCUAGCACUGAUACCGUAGUGACAGCCGAGGCCAUUGAAACUAUGGAAAUGAAGGUGCUCUCUGGUCUGAAAUGGAACUUGAAUCCUCCCACAGCCAUGAUGUUUGUUCGACAACUCUUGUGCUGUCUUCCUGGUCUCAGCCAAUGGAAGCAAGCUGCCAUCGACUUGGCACAAGCUCACCUCCGAGUGGCUGUCAGGUCCAAUGACACCAUGGGCGUCCGUGCAUCCACACAAGCGGUCGCUGUCCUCUUUCUUGCCGUUGAGAAACUUUCCCCGGCUCAACGUGCUCCCGUCUACAAGUUCCUCCUGCAAGCCGCUCGCAUGACCAGUGGCGGACAUCAACGCCAAGUCUUGACCGUGCAAGGCAUGAUCAAGAUGCUGGCUGCCGAAGCCAUCCAAGAGAGCACACCCGUGCUCCCAGAAGUGGUUGUGCUCAAGCGACCCGCCACUUGCGACGACUUUGCUACUCCUCCUCCUGCCAAGAAGCAGCGCAAGAUGGUUCGAGAAGUCUCCUUCACUUCCUCCCCUCGUUCCACACUGCUAUUGGCAUAA